UUGAAUUAUUAACAACUAUGGGAUCCAAAGCUGGAGAAAUACAAGGAAAUUCCUGUAGAAAUCCAAAGAAAUAUGGGAAAGGAAUGCGAGGAGAUUCGGCUUCACCUGAUAAUCAGAGUUUUGAAACCCGUUUCCACCGUUUAGUGGACAGCGAUAUGCUCAGUGAUUGUGAAUUUGUGCUCGGUUCGCAAAAAACUUCCAUCAAAGGUCACAAAGUGUUUUUUUCUGCCGCCAGUGAAGUUUUCCAUGCAAUGUUCUGUAGUGAUUUAAAGGAGACAAACCCUGUGCAUGUUGAAGAUUUGGAGCCGGAAGGAUUCAAAGCCAUGAAACAAUUCAUCUACACAGAGCUUCCGGUUCCCUGCGCCAGCCUUCAGUUCAAAUACAGUGUCCCAUGUAAGGUGUAACAGCCGAAGAUCAUAGAUUCUACAUGAAAUUUGCAACAAUAAAUUUCCAGUAAAAUUUUCUUAUAUAGACCUUAGUUUUCGAGAGAUAUAGAUUUUUCUAUAUUUUUCAAAAACUAUCAGUCAAAAUCUAAUUCUAGGUAUAUGGUUGAAAACAGGAAGAAAUUUUCAAAAAUAUUCAUAUAAUUUGUUUCUUUGUUUAACGUUUUUGAACUUUUUAUCAGCGUUCAAAAACGGUUUGAAAUUUGGCUUUGAACUCGAUGAAUGUACUUUUUUCAACUUUGAUUCCUCAUAAAAAGUUCAAAAACGUUAAACAAAGGAACAAAUCAUAAGAAUUUUAUUGGGAAUUUCUUCCUCUUUCCAAACAUAUCCUCAGAAUAAUUAUAUUUCGACUAAUUGUUUCCUAAUUAUUGAUACUUUUCAAUCUCGAAAACUAAGGUCGAUAUAAGAGAAUUUUGCUGGACAUUUUUUGUUGGACACAUGGUUUUCGGAUGUUACACAUUUCGAGGGACAUUCUGUAUAUAUUUGAAUUUCGAUACUAAAUACUAACCAGUCUUAGUGUCCUCAAGAGGCCUCUUCUUGUGAGUUGGCACAAUAUGUCCCCCAGUCGGCUUGAUAGCACCCAUCGACAGCGACUUCCUCGGUGGACCAGCUGCUCCCCCUCCCUCGCCAUCCAUCUGAUCGUCGGUGGCGACUCCACCGCCUCCACCACCUCCGCCCCUUGGCCAGGCGAACUGGAGGCGGUACUCGGUGCUGAUGCGGUUCACGGCUGACUUGAACACACCCGCAGUUGAACUGCACUGGUUGUUGUUGUCUGGCAAGUAGGCGAUCAUCUAAAACACCACAAUCGUCAUAAUUAACCAAAAUGUUAACUCAGAUCAUAUCAUCAUUAGAACUCAAUAAAUAAUAAUGAAUGAAAAAGCA